AGAGGACUUCCAUUAUCGUAGGGUGCAACGCUAGUUUUUCUUUCCUUCGCGAUCGACUGGCUGUCGAUAAAGCAGUUUGACUAUGUGCAGUCGACUAUUUUGGUAGUGUUGAUAUAAACAAUAUGCUGAAAUAUAAUCUCACCGUGAAAAACUACUAGAGCUGCUUGGAAUUUAAAUUUGUAUAUCAGAAGCAGGAACGAUCGAAUUGAAUCUCGAUAAAAGGUCUGUCGUGGCUUUAAAUGCCCCAGUGUGAAGACUGUACUGUGACUGACGGGUCGGUUUGGGGUUGUUUGGGACCGGGGCGCCGAUAGGACAUGUGUGGCUGGUACACGGACCGGUAAGGACACACGCUCGCCUGGACCAGAACUAGCUACGUAUACCUAUUUAAAACAUGCAUUUCAGCGUGGCGAGCUAGUCUGUACACAGUGACACACACUUGUAGUACAGGUGAAAUAAUGACAGCCUGAUACACAGGUGAUCAUAUAUAUAUAUAUGAUACAUAUACAGGAUACACUUAGGAAUCAGGAUCACAUAAAAAGGUACGAUGCCUACCUUGGAAAUGGAACAAUGUGCAGGCUGUCAACACUCAAUUGAGGACAGGUUCUUACUGAAGGUCCAGGACCAUUUCUGGCACGAGACGUGUCUACUUUGCGCCAUCUGUCGGCUUCCUCUGUCCGGGUCGUGUUUCGUCAAGGAUCAACAACUGUACUGCAAACACGACUAUGACAAACUUUUCCGGGGGCGGUGUAAUGGGUGUGGCUACAACAUAUCGUCGGAGGAGUUGGUAAUGAAGGCCAUGGGCAGCGUUUAUCAUCUCCACUGUUUUCGGUGUAUAGAGUGUCGACAAAUCCUACAGCGGGGUGACCAGUUCGUCAUCAAAGAUGGUCAACUCUUCUGUCGCUUCGACUUCGACAAAGAGUUCAGCGUUUUAUCCUACAGUCCUAAAGAUGCUAUGGACGACGACAGCGACAGUUAUGAGGAUAUGGAUACCGACAAUGAGCGACAUACGAAACGACCGCGGACGAUACUGACGACGAGUCAACGACGCAAGUUCAAGGCCGCGUUUGAGAUUAACCCCAAACCAUGUAGAAAAAUACGAGAACAGUUGGCUGCUGAAGCUGGACUCACUGUGAGAGUCGUACAGGUGUGGUUCCAGAACCAACGAGCGAAGGUGAAGAAAAUGUCACGACGUCAGAGUCCGGACUCAUGCGGUAAAGACCGGAAGCGGAAAGGGAAGAAUUCUGAUUUAGAUCAAGAUCGAUUUCCGGUCCAGGAGGGGGAUGAGAACAGAAAAAGGUUUUCUGCCGACAUGGACGGGACUGUGUUUCCUGUUGUGGACGGAUCCAAUAUAUUUAUGGACAUGCCAACAUCAUCGGACGAUUCAGCUGGUUCGCCAGAACAAAAAUCACAGGAAGUUGCGCAGGACGGAAUGAAAAAUGGAUGCGUAACCAAUCACAUCAACAAACUGUAUUCAAUGCAGACCUCGUAUUUCUGUGCGGAGUAAUACAAAUAUGUGUAAAGUUCGACAACGGUCCGUUUCCGAUGUGUUGUUUAUAUGUGAAUGACAGAAUGGCGUAUGACUGUUAUACAGCGCGACGUCCAUGGUGUUGAUAUAAUACAAUAGGACUUUGAUAAGUACGAUACAAUACGGCAGACACCAUCCGAUCAGACAUUCCGUGGUGGGACCUACAAUCGUACACACAUCAACAGGAGAUACGGACAGUUGUAAAUAAUUCUCAUUCCGCCCAAACAGGAGACAAGAAUCUACACCUUCAUAAAAGUUUACUAUGAAAACUGUGUUAAGACUGCAUAAACGGAUGACGUCAUGGCAGGUCUGUCGACAGCCUGUCAGAAAAUGACGUGUCUGUGGAUCCCAAACUGGCACACAAAGGAAGGGGUUACGUGUACUUUACCGCAGUCCCAAGAUUGUGUGGUCGCGUCCUCCUCAGACAGUAGUGCGCAAGCUCGUCCACGUGACGAGCACAAGGAAUAACCUAGCAGCAAUAUAUAUGCCAUAUCAUAUUUACAAUUUAUUUUUUCUCCAUAUUUUCAGAUAAUUUCACAUUUUUAUUACAUGACAGUUUGGAUUUAGAAAUUGAACAACCUUUAAUGUAGACACAUCGCCCUGAGACUAUCUUCUGGCGUUGUCGAGUGCUACACGGCGUCGUUAAACUACACUAUGAAGUAGCUACUGACUUUUAGUACCUGUCUGGUGAACAAAAGCGCCAUCCCACACCGAUCGCUCAUUAACAGUUUAAACUUAUCAAUGACUUUUCAGAUAUUCCCUCCGGGCUGUGUUAGCUCAUGUGAUUAUCAUUAAGAAAAGACAAAAAACCUGAAUAAUUGUUAUAUUUCACUAUAGGUAUGUAAACGUACUUCCGGUAUAGCUUUAACAGGUCAUUUAUCUAACGUAUUAGAAAUAUAUAAUAUUGAAAGAAGAAAAAUCCUCCUCUUUGACGCUUUUGCGCGUUUUUCCAAAUAUAAUACUUAGAACCAUAUUCUUACGUGUAGUGCUCGUGACCCACUUCCGUAGAACGUCCUUAAAAGACUUGAGCUGUUAAUAGGACCUUACAAAAAUAAAACCAAAUCACUACCGUAGAAUUCAGUUUGAUUUUUUUUUAUGCAAACUGUAAUUUCACAUAUGGCAUGUUUAACAGGGCCUCAUCGUUGAUUUUGGUUUGUAUCGUUUAUUUUUUAACGAAGAACAUCACAUUAUCAUCACGCAUCACGUCAUCAAAGUUUGUGUACUUAUGUAAUGUCACCAGAACACCAGUGCGGAGUACGUUUCUAUUUGGUAUUUCAAAAUGAUGAUUUACUGUUGUUCGUGUCGUACUAUCAACACAUCGCGAUAUUUUUUCUCUAACCAUCCCCAGAUAAACAAUUCGUUUGAUGAAGUGCUUGAAGAUUAGUUUUGAAAGGAUCUCUAUAAUAUCAUAUCAAUAUUCCUUCUUGAAGACCAGUAGAAUGUUGCCAUGUUUCUGUCCAGACGUUUAGGUUUGAGGAUGUUAGUGUGUAUAACGUUAUUUAUUUAUUUAUUGAGUAUGAAUCCGACAGCACUUUAUCUAUAUGGGGAUCAGACAGGAAUCAGAUAUGGUAGUAUUAUACACGUUUUAUUCGCAUUCGUUUCGUGAAUAAUCACAUAUUAAUUGUUUUUUUCUGAUUUUAUAGAUGAAUCAAUUAUCGCUUUCACUGUACUAGUUUUCAGUUUAAAAAAUAAAUUAGAAUAAGAAUAAAACAUUUACAACAGAUCGUAUUGUAUUGUUCAACAACGUUGAAUUUCAAAUGAGAAAUUAAAAGCUGUUUUUGUUGAUACCCGUGUCUUAUUCUACAAAGCAUGAAUUAAACAUAACGAUGAUCCGGUUUGAAAAUUUUAACCCACUUGUCUUUGUUCGGGUUAUAUUUCUAGUUGAACAUCCUCGUGUCAACCCAGAGUUGUAUCACAGUAUGCUUAGCGGAAUAUCGUUGUUAUUACACGAAUCAAAUUCUUUGUUAGUCAUGUGUAAUGUAAAACGUUCUACAAUGUCUCCCAUGACGACUACAAAGAGUCGUGACAUGUUCAUGUACUGAGCCAAGCUUAUUGUCUGAACAUGUCUAUCUCAUCUUCACAGGGUUUCUGUCGAGUAUUAGAAGUUGUCCAUUUUAACUCAUACUACAUUUAAUGUAUGUCUUACUGGCGUUUUGUCCCUAUAUGUAUGUCUUAUUCAUGUUUUGUCCCUAAAUGUAUGUCAUAUUAAUGUUUUGUCCACAGAUGUAUGUCUUAUUCAUGUUUUGUCCCCAGAUGUAUGUCAUAUUCAUGUUUUGUCCCAAGAUGUAUGUCUUAUUCAUGUUUUGUCCCUAAAUGUAUGUCAUAUUCAUGUUUUGUCCCUAGAUGUAAAUCUUAAUAAUAUUUUGUCCCUUGAUGUAUGUCUUGCUUGUGUUUUGACACUGGCGUAUGGUCCCCGGAUGUUUUUUUAAUCUUGGCGUUGUGUCCCCGGAUGUAUAUGUUUCUGGUGUUUUGUUCCCGGAUGUAUACGCCACUGGUGUUUUGCCGCCGAUGUAUAUGUUACUGCCGUUUUCUCCCGUAUGUAUGUGUUCAUGGUGUUUUGUCCCGGAUAUAUAUGUCAAUGGUGUUUUGUCCCGGAUAUAUAUGUCAAUGGUGUUUUGUCCCGGAUAUAUAUGUCAAUGGUGUUUUGUCCCGGAUAUAUAUGUCAAUGGUGUUUUGUCCCGGAUAUAUAUGUCAAUGGUGUUUUGUCCCGGAUAUAUAUGUCAAUGGUGUUUUGUCCCGGAUAUAUAUGUCAAUGGUGUUUUGUCCCGGAUAUAUAUGUCAAUGGUGUUUUGUCCCGGAUAUAUAUGUCAAUGGUGUUUUGUCCCGGAUAUAUAUGUCAAUGGUGUUUUGUCCCGGAUAUAUAUGUCAAUGGUGUUUUGUCCCGGAUAUAUAUGUCAAUGGUGUUUUGUCCCCAGACUCUGUAGUUCAUAUCUCAUGCACGUGUUUAACACGCCUGUAUAUAUUAUUACAUCGUAUUUAUUUAUAAUACAUUACAUCGCAAUAAAAGUAUC